AUGGCUCCUCAAUCAUCCCUAUCAAUAAUCUCAAAAACCACCGUCUAUCCCGACAAGAAGUCCACCCUAGGCUCCCUGCGCCUCUCCGUAUCCGAUCUUCCCAUGCUCUCCUGCCACUACAUCCAGAAAGGUGUCCUCCUCCCUUCCCCUCCCUUCUCCCCCUCCGCCCUCGCCGCCCGCCUCCGCUCCGCCCUCUCCGCCGCCCUCUCCCACUUUCCCCCCCUCGCCGGCCGCCUCUUCACCGACCCCGACGACGCCUCCGUCCACAUCCUCUGCAACGACGCCGGCGCCGAGUUCCUCCACGCAGACGCCUCCCACCUCCGCUCCGCCGACCUCCUCGGCCCCCCCUGCUCCGACGUCCCCCCCGCCGUCCGCCUCCUCUUCCCCCUUGACGGCGCCGUCAGCUACUCCGGCCACCGCUCCCCACUCCUCUCCGUCCAGCUCACCCACCUCGCGGACGGCGCCGUCUUCAUCUCCUGCGCCGCCAACCACGCCGUCACCGACGGCACCUCCUUCUGGAACUUCUUUAACGCCUUCGCCCACCUCUCCGCCUCCGGCCCGUCGUCCGGCCUCCUCCUAUCCCUCUCCCCGGACUUCUCCCGCGGGCCCCCUUUACUCUCCCCCGCAGUCCUCCGAUUCCCCGCCGGCGGACCCGCCGUCUCCUUCUCCCCCGACGCCCCCCUCCGGGAACGCAUUUUCAGCUUCACCCGCAAGUCAAUCCUCAAGCUAAAGUUAACGGUCAACGCAUCGGUCAACUUCGCCGAGCUCAUGGGUAAGCAGAGGAACGACACACCCGACCGGAAGCCGACUCUGACGGAAUCCGUUCGGGAGAUCUCGUCAUUCCAGUCGCUCUGCGGUCUAGUCUGGCGCGGGAUAACGCGGGCCCGAAAGCUAGACCCGGCCCAAAAAACGACAUUCCGAAUGGCGGUUAACUGUCGUGGGCGGGUCGAACCAAGGCUCAACCCGCUCUACUUCGGGAACGCUAUCCAGAGCAUCGCGACUGAGGCGGCCGCGGGAGACGUGGUCGGGCUCGGGCCAGGCCCGCGGUGGUGCGCGGAGCGGCUCGGGAUGGGGGGCGGGUCGGUCGACCUAGAGGUGGUCCUAGCGCCCGAGACGAUGGCCGGGUUGGAAUCCGACCCGGAGUUCAUGGAGUAUGUCUCGGGUUGGUUGUUCGGGUUUUCGGGUCGAAGAUGA